CAGGGCGGUGGGCACGGACGUGGGGGUGAGCGCGCGGAGAAGGAAGUGGAGGGGCUCGUGGGCGGAGGAGGCGGCGUGUAGAGCGCGACCCGUAACGUGUGGAGGAGGGGCGAGUGCGGGCCAGGCGGAGACGGCGCUUCCUGGCGCGGGCCUGCGGACUCGCCUUCCCCCGACUACUGCACCGUGAAGCGGUGGGCCAGGAACUCAGAGCUGUUGGAGCGCGCCGGAGCCGAGAAGGUGACCAGGGAGCGCGACGGCCCGAGAACCCUCCGCCCCAGGUCACGCUGCAACCACGGCGGCUGUUUAACUGCGGGGUCUGUCUGACUUUACCGCUGGCGGGACCCGCAGGUGGGGAGGAAGGGAACUUGUGUUACAGGAAUUGUUUUCCCAGUUGUCAGCAAAGCUGACCCUCAAGGUCUGGAAAGUGAAGACUUUUAUUUACAUUGUCAUGGAGGAGUUGUCACCAUUCCAUUUUCUUCUGGUCUUGAGAUUUGUGGCAGACCUGUGUUAGAUGUGACCCCUUACUGCAGACCCAUGGCACACAGGCUUCGGCUACAACUGCUGACAUGGGACGUGAAGGACACAUUGCUUAGGCUCCGCCGCCCUGUUGGGGAGGAAUAUGCCACUAAAGCCAAGGCUUAUGGGCUGGAGGUGGAGGCCGGGGCCCUGAGAGAAGCCUUCGGGAAGGCUUACAGGGCUCAGAACCUGAGUUUCCCCAAUUAUGGCCUGAGCCACGGUCUCACAUCCCGCCAGUGGUGGCUGGAUGUCGUCCUUCAGACCUUCCAUCUGGCAGGUGUUCUGGAUGCCCAAGCCCUGACCCCCCUCGCAGAGCAGCUGUAUGAGGACUUCAGCAGUCCCUGCACCUGGCAGGUAUUAGAUGGGGCUGAGGCUACCCUCAUGAUGUGCCGCAAGCGGAGUCUGAAGCUGGCAGUGGUCUCCAACUUUGAUCAGAGACUAGAGAACAUUCUAAUGGGUCUUGGCCUGCGGGAGCACUUUGACUUUGUGUUGACCUCCGAGGCUACCGGCUGGCCCAAGCCAGACCCCCGCAUCUUCCAUGAGGCUUUGAGACUUGGUCAGGUGGAACCCGCAGUGUCAGCCCAUAUUGGGGAUAACUACCGCCGUGAUUACCAGGGUGCACGUGCUGUGGGCAUGCACAGCUUCUUGGUGGUUGGCUCAGGAUCUUUGGACCCUGUGGUUAGGGAUUCUGUACCCCAAGAGCACAUCCUAUCCGCAUUGCCCCAGCUCUUGCCUGCCCUUGAUCGCCUGGAAGGCUCACCCACCAAAGUCUAAAUCUGGUCAGGGAAGUGACUAGGCCCAGCACUGAACAGGGAUGCCCUUCUUUCCUGAGAUUUGGCCUUUGGUCUUUCCCCCCUGCAACCUCUGUAAGAUGUUCUAAUUAUUAAAAAAAAAAAA